AUGAAUUCUGGGCAAGGCAUGGCAGGACAUAGUAAUAGCCCCCUUGCCAUGGACUCCAAACUCUCCAUGCUCUUCUUGUUUCUAUGUUUUGUGGCAUGUGUUGCCACUGCUAGUCACCAUGAUCCUUCCGUUGUCGGAUACUCGCAGGAGGAUCUUGCAUUGCCAAAUAAACUCGUUGAUCUUUUCACAUCCUGGUCAGUCAAACAUCGCAAGAUCUAUGGAAGCCCAAAGGAGAAGGUGAAGAGGUAUGAGAUCUUCAAGCAAAACCUGAAGCACAUUGUAGAAACAAACAGGAGAAAUGGCAGCUACUGGCUCGGGUUAAAUCAGUUUGCCGACAUUGCACAUGAAGAAUUCAAGUCCAGCUACCUGGGACUGAAGUCGCGGUUAGCAAGAAGGGAUGCUCAGCCACAUGCUUCAGCUUCAACAACAUUCAGGUAUGAGAACGCCAUUAACUUGCCUUGGGCAGUGGACUGGAGGAAGAAAGGAGCAGUGACACCGGUCAAGAACCAAGGAGAAUGUGGAAGUUGCUGGGCAUUUUCAACAGUGGCAGCUGUUGAAGGGAUAAACCAGAUUGUGACCGGCAAGUUGAUAUCACUGUCAGAGCAGGAACUGAUGGACUGCGACAACACCUUCAACCAUGGCUGUGGAGGAGGGCUAAUGGACUUCGCUUUCGCAUACAUAAUGGGCAACCAGGGGAUCCACACAGAGGAAGACUACCCAUACCUCAUGGAAGAAGGCUACUGCAGAGAAAAGCAGCCUCAUUCCAAAGUCGUCACCAUAACUGGCUACGAGGAUGUCCCGGAGAACAGCGAGGCGAGCCUACUGAAAGCACUGGCUCAUCAGCCUGUCAGUGUGGGGAUAGCAGCUGGGAGCAGAGACUUUCAGUUCUACAAAGGGGGGAUCUUUGAUGGGGAAUGUGGCGUUCGACUGGAUCAUGCACUGACAGCCGUGGGCUACGGCUCGUACUACGGCCAGGACUACAUCGUCAUGAAGAACUCGUGGGGCAAGAAGUGGGGAGAGCAAGGGUAUUUCAGGAUCAGGAGGGGCACUGGCAAACCGGAGGGAGUCUGUGACAUCUACAGGAUUGCUUCCUACCCCAUAAAAAAUGUCACAGGUUGGGGUCCUUAGCUAGUUAUAAGUUAUGUAAGCCAUCAUGUAAUCCAUUUGGCCCUGAUAAGAAAGAAUCGGCUUAACGAACUUCAUGCUGUGGUGAUCAGCCAAUCACUCAUCCUCCAUGGAAGUGAGGAUUGUUGUCGAUUCCAUGAAGCUUGAGUUCAGACGGAUGCUAUGAAGCACUCAUCUGCACAGAAGUGGCUUCCCUAUAAGAUCAGC